GCGAACCAACAACGUUGUCGGCACCGGCAAAUGCAACAUGGGCAUAGAUAUUAUGAUAUCAUUAAAAUGAAUUGUUAUCAAUCGACGCAAAAAGAGAAUCAAUCCAAAAUACGAGAAUCCAAUAUGCUGAGCUGCAAGCUAUAAAGAAGACGAUUUCGUUGCAUUGAGAGCUACUCACGGGCAGAAGAAGGCAAAUAAGUCCAAUUGGAAAAGGCAGCGCAAACAGUUGUGAGCUAUACGAAAGAUGUUUCUGAUUAGCUAAAAGACAAAAAGACAGACAGAGAGUGCGAGAGAGAGAGAGAGAAGAGUAAAACAACAAUUUAAUUGGAUUCGAGUACAUUUAUGCUGCGUGAUGAAAUCUAGAUUAUUUUGGAUAUUUGCAAUUAUAUACUCGUCGCUGCAUCACAUAGGUUCCGGAUCCACCUCGACGACAUUGAAACGUCCCCGAGCUGGAGAUCCAUUUGAUACCUUUCCGAAAAACUUCUGGCAAGAGUUCUCAUCGCCCUUCACAGACACGCCCGAAGAUGAGGAGCUGGAGGUUACCGAGACGACAACGCACGAACCGUUCCCAUUCUUCGCCGAUCCGUAUACGACCAUCAAUAUAAGCACCCAGCUGUCGUCGAACGUGUAUCUGCACUGCCGGGUGAACGAUCUGCAGGGGAAGACGGUCUCGUGGAUGCGACGCAAGGGCGAGGAUCUGACCCUGAUCACGUUUGGCCAGCACACAUAUAGCGGCGAUUCGCGAUACUCGCUGGAGUUCGAGGAGCCCAACGACUGGAAACUCUUGAUACAAUAUGCCAACGAGCGCGACGAGGGCCCCUACGAAUGCCAGGUCUCCUCGCAUCCGCCCUUGGUGCUCCUCGUAUACCUAACUAUAAUUGUUCCUCAUGUGGAAAUUCUCGAUGAGCGAGGAUCGGCCACGCCGGAAAAAUACUACAAGGCUGGCAGCACCAUUGAGUUGCAGUGCGUCAUCUCCAAGAUACCGCAUCCAACGUCAUAUAUCACCUGGCGUCAUGGUCUCCGUUUGCUCAAUUACGAUACCAGUCGCGGCGGCAUUAGCGUUAAGACAGACAUGUUGCCUGGCAGGGCCUUGAGUCGUCUCUAUAUCGCCAAUGCGAAUCGUCAUGACACCGGAAACUAUACCUGUAUGCUGGGCAAUGAGAUAACGGAAACGGUUGUGGUGCAUGUGCUUAAUGGUGAAGAGCCAGCUGCAAUGCAACAUGCGAAUGGGACUCGAUUUAUAUCCAGCCCUCUAACUAUGGUUGUGUUUUUUUUGGUAUUCGCGAUAGUCAAACCGUUUCAGCGAUGACAACAUUGUGAAUGGCCUAUAAAAAUAUAAAAAACAAAAAAACAAAUGAAGAAAAAUAAGAAAAACUUUAAUAAACUUAGACGAAGUGAGAGCGACAGAAGUAUUAUGGGAAAAUGCAUAAACCAAAAUAAGAAUCUUGUCCAGGAUUGCAUUUUCAACUUUUACUCUAAUCAUGGGUUGUUUAAAAAUACACAUAGCAUAAUUGAAUACUAAUUGUAGGCUUAAGAGAGACAUGUAUUUAAACAAAACGAAAAACAAAACCAAAAAAAGGGCGGAUCAGAAAACAAAAAGGUCGUAGAUAAGGGCGUACGAAGGAAGGAGAACGAAAAAAAAAAAGAAAACUAACCUAAAAAUUGAGUUUUGCAAUUGAAAAUGAAUUCAUUAAUUGUACAACAAAGGCCGUGUUUUUUGUUGGCUAACGUACAGAUCCCCCCUUCCCCACCCCCUCCCCACUCUUUAUAUAGCUUGUUUAUAGUUAUUAUUGAUUAAUGCCAUUAUAUAUGUACAUAAUCCUUCAUGUUGAUGGUUGUAGCUUCUUUGAAAUCGAACGGCAUAUCAGUUGGGAUCACAUUGGAAACAUUCUUGGAUGCAAUUUGUUAUAAACAAAUAAUAAUAUACAAGUUAAGACCCAUUUACUUUCCGCUGUCCGAAAAGGAACAAAAAAAAAUCUUUGAAAAUUAUAUAUAUUUUAAUUAUUGAGCAGAUAUAGAUAUGAGUACUUGUUACGCUGAUACUUAGACCAAGAGAACAAAAAAAAAUCAUUAUGUCAUUUAAAAUGGAUACACAUAUCCUUUAAUUUAACAAAUUGUUGUUGCUUCGGAACCAAAAUGAACAUUUUUCAAACAGACAACCGAGCGACGAGAUUAAACACGGACCAAUCGGUUAAUUCAGAAUGAUUUUCACAGUUCACGACUUUCUUUGAUUGGGGCAUUAUCAUUAUCCGAUUUGGUAUAGAUAUAUAUAUAUAUAUAGAAAAGAUUUCGGAAUGUGCUUGGCCGCUUUAUAAAACUUGCUUGCAUCAUUAUUGUUGUAUAUGGAAUUCCUAAAUCCGCUCAUUUUUUUACUCCCAUUUUCUAAACAUAUACUAAGAAAUCAAAAAUCAAAAACAAAACGAAAAUUCAAAGAAACUUAAAGCUCAGCUUAAACUACACAAAAUUAAAUGUUAAGGAUAAAACAUAUAAAUAUAAAGAGAAAAAGUAAACUCGGCUAAUUUCGAAUGGUCCACAGUAGUUAUUGUAAAUUAUUCAAUUGAUCCCAACCAAACCGCGGGUUGGUUUAUUUUAUGGUGUAUGCCCUUAAAUACAAAACAAAUGUUGGAGUGAGAUAACGAAACAAUACUUAGAGACUAAAGAAAAGUGACGAAACUUUUAGAAGCAUUUUGGUUACAGAACAAAUAUUUAAGAAUUAUUACAAAUAAUUGAUAUUAUGAUAACUACAUAAAUAUUUAUGUAUGCGGCCAAUGUCAAUGUCAAUGUCAAAUGCCGUCAUUAAUAUAAUAAUGCAGAAAUUGUAUAAGCCACACAGACACACACACACACGCA